AGCAUAUGAGCCCACUAAUACGCCUUCUUAGCCUAGGGAGCUUUAUCUGACUAAGCUAGUACGAAUCCCUCUUAUUGUUGUGCGACUUGGAGGGAUUUGGGGAAGGAGACUGAGUGCGCUCUCUGAGGCAAACUGAGUUAGAUCAAUCACGCCGAACGUUACGCUAUUGUCAUUGUGUAACUUGUCUUGGGAGAUCCCGCGCAGCCCUUGGAUGAAUACGGCUGAUAAAGCAAGUCCGUGUCGGCUCCCUGUCUUGUAUUCUAUUUUUAAACAUCGUCUCAUUCCAUUGCAUUGGGAUGAACAACGACCAUCCACUCCACUGUCCGUUAUGGCUCAACAACAGUCUAUCCAAGACUCUCACUCUGGGAUACACCACGGCCGGAAUUCUUACCGCUAUGAAGAUGGACUGGCUUCUUUGAACCCAACCGCAUUGGAAGAGCGCAAUAAAUUAUCCAAGCUGUGCAAAGAUAUCUACAAGACGUGUUUGGAGAUAGACGAGCACUUCCUCGAAGCCUCCAACAGAUCAGCGUCAUUCGACAAUCAUCCUGGAGUUGAGCAGAACCGAAUUGACGCUUUCGAAGGCGACAUUAAUGCUUACAAAGAUAUCGUGGCGCACCGAGCUCACGAUUAUGUCGAUGCGAUAGGGACGAUAGCGAAAGCUUUUGCUAACAUCACCACAAUGAGAAAUCUCUGGGCUCCGGUCAUGAGCCACCUUUCCGAGGCCCCAGGUGAAGAAAAUGAGCUAUUCAACAACAAGCCGCCUUGGACUACAUGGGUAAGAAAACUGAAUACAAUCACAGCCACCCUCCCCGACCUCUUGACCAGGAUCCAGAUCAGUCCCACUAAAAUUUUUACCGACGGGCAAUGGAGUGAUAUACGAUACAAGGUUGCUUUCCUGGACGAGACGAUUGACUAUGCAUAUACGAACCCCUGGGGAGGAUUUGGCGAGAGAGGCAUUCAUCUUGGGACUGCAACUAAUAUCAAAAUGAUGGCAAGGUUCACUAGCUCAAGCGCACAAUUCAAAUUCGAGGAGAAAACCAAUAAUAACCCAAAGCACGGGACGUGGCGUGAUGCUCUGCUACCUACACAAAUGAAACCUGAAUUGCAGAUCAAGUUAAUGAACUGGGUUAUUUUCGUGACUUUCAUAGCCGCACUGCUCGGCUGUGCCGCCUGGCGGGAGUCAAACAAAGAUUACGGCAAGUGGAACGAGGCAACCCAGUAUUUUCUCUUUCAGACGUGCCUCAUGCAAGGGCUCAGCGUCGCCAUCAUCAUAUUAACUACGCCAAACCCGUUUGGAUUCUGGCUAUGGUUGCUUAUUUUGGGUUCUUUGUCUUGUUCGUCUGCUGCACCGUUCAUCUAUCCAUACUCGCCUACCCAAUGCAGCGCGACGCUCGCGUUUAUCGGCAGUGCAGCAUCGAACUUUGUGAUUUUGCAGACCAUGUUUACGGUGGGGAGGAAGAAAGUUAAGUCGAACUGAGGAAAUGUUGAACUAUAGUGGGAUGGCGAGAUGUGGUAGGUAGAGUGUCUGUGAAACUAUGAUAAUGCAAGCAGUCAAGUUAUGGGAUGGAUGAUAGAAUGCCAGGGAGCAUAUUGUAGUUUUCAGUACGCUGAAAAGUUGAUUGGAUUUUUAUACUUUUGACUAGGGAUUUUGUGAAUAUACUUGCCAGUCCGCUUUCUUGUUGCUCUAAGUUGCACUCCAUCAUAGAAUAAUUGGCUGAUAGUAUUGUCU